UGAAUGUUUCAGAUUCGCCAAAGAAGCCAGCAUAUUUGCUCGCUUCCCCCUAAUUAGAUAAACAUAGUGCCAUAACUAAUGAAAACGCAAUAAAUGAAAUAGGCCUACGUUAUAUUCUCUAAACGUAGCCUACGACAACGAAACGUCGCCUCACGACUACAUUGCAACAGACCGAAAGCCUUUCUUGAAAUCCUGCCGCUGUGAGAUAAUUGGAAGCCAUCGGUGGUGGUGCUGUAGCUGUAGCCUGUCUUGACACAUUGUAGCCGCAGUGAAUUGUGAUCGUCAUUCCACUCAUAUCGUGGUGGAGUGUGCGUGUGUCCAGUGGUGAUGGCGCUGUGAUGCGUGCGCCCGGCUGCAGGAUGAACGUGGCGGCGGUCCUCAACGGGCUGCUGGUAUCCGUGGUGGCGGCGCUGCUGUGGAAGUACGUGCGCCUGAGCGAGACUGCGGCCCAGCUGGAGGAGGAGCUUCAACUCACACGCCAGUCCCAGGAAGUCUCGCAAGUGCGCAUCGACUACCACGCUGCCCUGCAGGCCCUGCAAGAGCACGGCACCCGCAUGGUGUGCUCAGGCAAGAUGCACACUGACCGCAUCUGCCGCUUUGAUUAUCUCUGCUACUGCACCGAGGCUGAGGAGUUUGUGUUUUUCCACGGCAACUCGUCAGUCAUGUUGCCUAACCUGGGCCCACGCCGCUUCCAGCCAGCCCUGCUCGACUUGUCCUCUGUGGAGGACCACAACACGCAGUACUUCAACUUCCUCGAGUUACCCGCGGCUGCCCUGAAAUUCAUGCCUAAGCCAGUUUUUGUGCCUGAUGUCACGCUGAUCAUGAACCGUUUCAAUCCUGACAACCUCAUGCACAUUUUUCACGAUGACCUUCUGCCCAUCUUCUACACUAUGCAGCAGUACUCGGACUUGGAUGAUGAAGCUCGCCUUGUUUUCAUGGAGGGUUGGGGGGAGGGCGCCCACUUUGACUUGUACCGUUUGCUAAGCAGCAAGCAGCCUCUCCUCAAAGAGCAGCUAAGAAACUUUGGCAAGCUGAUGUGCUUCACAAAAUCAUAUGUGGGUUUGUCAAAGAUGACAACAUGGUACCAGUAUGGAUUUGUGCAGCCACAAGGACCUAAAGCCAAUAUCCUGGUGUCUGGGAACGAAGUCCGUCAGUUUGCUAAAACGAUGAUGGAGAGAAUGAAUGUCACAAGAGAGGAUCGCCCUGAAGAUGACUACAUUGUGGUGUUCAGCAGGUCUAUUAAUAGGCUAAUACUUAAUGAAGCUGAGCUGAUUCUGGCUCUGGCCCAGGAGUUCCAGAUGAGGACAGUCACGGUAUCCCUGGAGGACCAGUCGUUUGCAAGUGUUGUCCAAGUGAUCAGUGGGGCAUCCAUGCUAAUUAGCAUGCAUGGCGCCCAGCUCGUCGCCUCAUUGUUUCUGCCACGGGGAGCAGCUGUGGUGGAGCUUUUCCCUUAUGCAGUCAACCCUGAGCAUUACACUCCUUACAAGACUCUUGCGUCCUUGCCUGGUAUGGAUCUUCAGUAUGCAGCUUGGAGGAACACCAUAAUGGAGAACUCUGUGACAUAUCCCGAGCGGCCCUGGGAUCAAGGCGGCAUUUCUCACCUGGAGAAGGAGGAACAAGGCCGCAUUCUUGCCAGCCAGGAAGUGCCCCGGCAUCUGUGCUGUCGUAACCCAGAGUGGCUCUUCCGAAUUUACCAGGACACAAUGGUGGACAUACCAUCUUUCCUGGCCACCCUCAGAAGGACUGUACAGAUCAAGCCCAAUGGGAAAAAGGCCAAAGCUGCCAGCACCGUCCACCCUGGCCGAGUCCGUGAGCCCAAAUGUCAGACCUCAGUCCAGGCUGCCAAUGAGGCCAAGCUGACUGUGUCCUGGCAAAUCCCCUGGAACCUGAAAUACCUGAAGGUUCGCGAAGUCAAGUAUGAAGUGUGGAUACAGGAGCAGGGGGAGAACACGUACAUGCCUUACAUCCUUCCACACCAGAACUACACUUUCUCUGAAAACAUCAAGCCCUUUACUACAUACUUGGUGUGGGUACGUUGCAUCUUCAACAAGAGCCUGCUGGGGCCCUUUGCAGAUGUUCUUCUAUGUAAAACCUGAUCUAAAACCUGUCUCUUAAUGUUGUCACUGUUAGAUUAAGUUCAAUAAGAAACAGACAAUCAUACAUUGGGGCGAAAAUAUGUGUUUGAGGUCCGUGCUUUUACAUGUAGGAGAUUAGCAGGGUAAAGAGAGAGGUCAACCGCAUGGCACCAUAGCUUGCUGAUCGAAGAGGAAUAUUGCCUGAGGAGGUCAAAAUCUUUGUCUGAAUUUAGUGACACAAGAUGUGUUAAAGUAUGAACAAGGCUUAUUGAACUAUUUAAUUUAUUUUGAACUCAUUUGAGGCCUUUGCACUUUCUCUUGAGGUGUACAGAAUAUGGUGUCAGUUCUCACCUUUUGCUUGUAGCAAUUGGUUUGACUUCAUUGGUUAUCUGUAGAACAUGCUUUGCAGUAAUUAGCCAAAAGAGGAAACAAAGUGAAUUUGUAAUGAGAAAUAUGUGAAGUCUAUGAUAUGAGCAUUUAAAUAUCAGUGUUGUGAAUGGCCUUCUGCUUUUGUAAUUGUGUUGGUGAACCUUUCAUUUCUAAUUGAAUUCUAAUUCCCUUGUUUUAGAUGAAGUACUUUAUAGGAACAGUUAUUUUGGAUAAUGUUACAUGCAAUUGCUAUUGAAAUGGGGAGAACCGGACUGAGUUGUUGUUCGGUCUGUCAAAAUCAUUCUGUGUUGGAGUAUAGUAAUAGUGCAUUUUAGGAUAUUUGCAUUGGAUUAGACUGAAUAUGUUAAUGACCUUAACUAUGUUAGCCACAUUGUAUUGAGAUUGUUGCAUCUUUGCGUGGACUUUGUUUCAAAAACUGCCACAACAUGUGGAAAUGUCAUAUUGAGGCAGAAUUGCAGGUGGGUGAGAGGCUGUACUGAAUACUAGUGAUGAAACCUUGAAUUGUUAUUUAUGAAUACAAAUAUUUAUUUUAUUAUAUGUGAUUAUAAAAUACUGUUUGCUUUGUAUUACUGAGUCCCUUUAAUGUGAUUUGUUGACAGUGAAAUUAAGGAAUGGGGUUGAAAUGUGGCUGCAUUGCUGGAAUAUUGUUUAUGAGAUUACUAGUGGCCAUUUUGCACAUUUAUACUAGUUUUCUAAUAGCUCUGAAGAAACUACUGUUUCAAGGUGGCAGAUAUCAGCACAACUGGACAUGCUUUUCUGAAAUGGGUCUGACCCUCAACAUCAAAGUUGGAGAAGACAUUCAUAUUGGAAGGCAGUAAUGAGUUCAAAUGCUUUCACAUUCAAUAUCUUUUAAUAUUUUGCUUUAUUCAUUUCAUGUCCUCGGGAUCUUAAAUCUUGGAGCUGAUACGCUACUUUGGAUGUUGUAAAUUGAGUUUAGCUGAAUGGGGAAAUCAAAGUUAUUAAUGUACUUGUAAAUGUUGCUGGUCAAAACUUUUUUAAAUCAAGUUUUCUUAAAAAAUGUACUUGAAUAAAAUGUCAGUUUUGGUUUGGUUCGUUUAA